UUUUUAUGCAAAACAUACGUUUUAUGCGAUGAAUACAAACACGUGAAUUUAUUCAGCGGCAGAAGCGAGGUUUGUGGAGAGACUCGGCUUGAUUAAGUAAACCUAUUUUUGGGUGAACAUUUAGCCAAAGAGUGCCAAAAUAACAAAGUAGACGUUAAAAGGAAUUACCAUAAUGACGCAGAUCUAUUUACGAGCCUGUGUAUUACGUGGCUCGUCCUUGGUGCCAACAUUUAUUGCCGUUAUCAUAUAUCUCUCAAUGUGUACUUGCCAAACAACCUUCGCACCUAAAUAUCAUACAAAAACAACAUCGCAAAGCCUACGUGAAUCGCCUACUCCCAUUAUCUCGUCGACCACGCUAAGAACGAAGCCAUUAACAUCAACAGAAGGCCCGACCACCAUUACUUUAACAACAAAGGGGAGCGUUAAAACAACAAAGCCUUACGAGGCUACCGAGAGGCCGAGUGCCGCCGCCCGCAAUUCAAUGGUUGCAGCGGACGUGAGCACAAAAGGGCUGGUGAAAAGUGCAAGAAGGCAAAAGUUAAACACUACUUCAAGUGCACUCGGAAGCGCAGUGCAUUCCUCGUCUCGGCUUCAAGAUCGCUUGGGGGCAAUAGAUUGCGAUCUGCCCGUCUUGCCGAGGGAGUCGCGACUGUGGAGAGGAAAUGAAACGCAUGAGUUGAAUUUGCCUUUAACGGAGUGCGCGGGAGGGCGGUUCGGGGGCGACGAGGAUUGCCCUCAGGUCAUCGUGUCAUGGGAGGGCUCCGCCGAUAUACAGAGUGGAGACAUCCUUAUCGUCCGCAUCUCCGACGCUUUAUUGCUCGACCGCACCGGCCAUGUUGAAACCAAGAACGAAUCUAUCGACACGAACUCUUCGCUCGCAGAAAGGGCACAUCACACGCUUCUCCAGCCAGCUGUGUAUCAGGUGACGCGGCAAGGGCACGAACAUUGUGAUGUUUCUGAUGGGAUGUUACUUGACAUCAAUCCCUUGGAUGAACAUGAUACUAAGAUUUUCACCCUUUACGACAAAGAUUUAACUGAUGGUGUUAAUUUGCUUAUAGUUGUGUCCGAGAACUGGGGGUCACAAUGCGUCCGCUUGAAAGUGACGGUCAAGUCAGAUAACUGCGGCGAGUCUCAGGAUUGUUCUGGGAAAGGAGUAUGUUACACAAAUGUAUCUAUGGAAGGUUACGAAUGUCAGUGUUGCCCUGGAUAUAUGGGUCCGCAUUGUGAAGACAUGGAUGCCUGCAAUCCAUCACCCUGUUUGAAUAAUGGCAUAUGUGUGGACCUCACGCAAUCUCUCAAUGGAGCCAACUAUCACUGCCUUUGUCCAUACGGUUUUACCGGGCGGAAGUGUGAAAAAGAUCCAUGCUUUUCAUCGCCGUGUGUGAACGGUGGAUCGUGUAUGAGCAUGGCAAUGAACGGUUCGACAACUUUCCAUUGUGCUUGUACGGAAGAGUGGACGGGCACACACUGCGAGCUGCCGGCGACCGGCGGUGCCUGCGCUGAUAAGCCCUGCGGCAAAGGCAUCUGCGUGGAGCAAACCGACGAUGACAGCGGACCGAACUUCCGAUGCUUCUGCGAGCCUGGGUAUACCGGAGACAGAUGCGAACUAGAGUAUAAUGAGUGCGAAUCGUCGCCGUGCGUGAACGGAGGCACUUGCACUGAUCGAGUCGGAGGCUUCACUUGUGCCUGCGACCGAGGCUACACCGGACCUACAUGCCAGUUUAAGGUGGACCUCUGUGCACCGAACCCCUGUUCGGAGCAGCGAUACUGCGUGGACCACGGCAACAGCUACGCCUGCGAGUGUCCCCGCGGUUUCGUUGGUGACGAAUGCCAUAUUCCAGCUACAUCUAUAUGCGAUAACAACCCUUGUGCCCAUGGCGGAACGUGCUGGAGUGGUGUGGACUCGUUCUAUUGCUCUUGCAGACCGGGAUAUACCGGAAGAUUGUGCGAAGAAGAUUUCAUUCUGGAGCCAGUGAUCGACGGCGAAGGAGAUGUGGACACGGAGACUCGCGGAACUGGAUCAGUGCGCGUGAUGCGGCUCCCGCUGGGCCUGUACCACGAUCGCCUUCACAAUGUAUACAUAGCGGCCGGCACCCUGGGAGCAGCGAUAGCUAUCGUGGGAGUCGUGGUAACAGCAUGCCACUGUCGCGUAAACAAAACCUACUCCCGUCUUCUAUCCGGGCUCUCAGCGCGGGUCACAGAAGCGGGUCCCCCCCACCACUGGCUGCAAGACAAACGGGAGCCCAACCCCGCCCCCUUCCAACCCCCCACUUCCUUCGAC